GUGUCACAUACGAUCAAUAACCAAAGCCUCAUCUUCCCCGCCGCGCAAGGGAACCGCUCGAGACCAAGAAUGAAAACGAUUUUUUUUCUGGAGACCAAUUCAAUUUUAUGCUACUGUAGAGAAAAAUUAUGCAUUAUGUGAAACUUGGCAUAUUUAAAGGCGCCAUAUAGGAUUAUUUAUGGUUUUUUGAGUUUUUUGUGUGGUGAAAUGUAUCAGUCUUUCCAUCUGAUUGUCUUCACGUAGUUAAAUAUCACGUGUCAUUAAGGAAGUGAGCAUCAAGAAUGUUAACGUUUCAGAGCAAACCACACAGGCAUUACAUGUUUACACAAGUAAGACUUUGGCUGGUCAAGGGAUUUUAACGAUUUCUUAAAUGAAGAAACAUGGGAAAAAUGGAGAAUAACAACUCAAUGUACUAUUAUAACAUGACAGAAUACGACUAUGAAACACUCGAUCUUCCUCAGUCUCUGGAGGAUAACUGGAGUGCAUUUAAAAUCAUUCUGCUUGUGUUGUACGCCUUGGUUUUCUGCUCAGGGAUCUUUGGUAACAUUUUGGUCAUAUACCUGAUGAUGGUGAAAAACAAGCAACAGAGACUGGUGGACGUCUUCAUCACACACCUCGCUGUAGCUGAUCUGGUCUUCCUGGUCACUUUGCCGCUGUGGAUCAUCUCACUCUCACUGGAUGACUACUGGCCGUUUGGGGACUUUCUGUGCAAGUUCAGCUCCUAUGUGAUCUCAGUCAACAUGUUCUCCAGCAUCUUCUUGCUGACCUGCAUGAGCGCGGACAGGUUCAUGGCUAUCGUCAUGGCGCUGAACACCAGGCGGAUGAGGACCAAGCGUUAUGCCCAUCUGACCGUCCUGAUGGUCUGGAUCACGUCGCUGAUACUUGGGUCCCACAGCUUCCAUUCCAGGGCUGUCAAAGCAUCCAGCUGCCAGGACACAGCCUCCCCAACCAAGGUUGUCUUCACCCUGAUGACUCGGGUGAUAGCCUUCUUGCUGCCACUAGUUAUCAUCACCUUCUGCUACUCUGCUGUGGCCCUGAAGCUCUACCAGCAUUUCCAGGUGGCCAGCAAGGCUGAGAGGAAAAAGAGACGCUCCAUUAGAAUUGGCUUAUGCAUUUUGGCCCUCUUCGUGUUGACCUGGCUGCCCUUUAACAUCCUACACACAGUGCUGACCCUGAAGAAUUCCGGGUUCCUGGAGCUCUCCGAAGAGGCUUUUGUCUAUCUGGCUAAAUCUGUAUCUCUGGCCACCUGUCUGGCCUUCAGUAAUAGCUGCAUGAACCCUUUGCUUUACUUCUGGAUGGACAGCUACAUGCGGAAAAAGGUGGUAGGACUGCUUCCCAAAAGAUUCCUAAGCAUCCCCACCAAGAGGAACUCAGAGCUCAGCACCUCCACCACGUACCCAGAGAAGGACUCCAUCACGUCUAAGGAAAAAGAGAGGGCCAGGUACACUGGGGGUGUCCAGAUUUCAGUGGCAGGGAAGGACACCUUACAGGAGCAGAGCUUUGAAAAUGUAGAAAGUCAGCUUUAGGUGUAAGUUCAUGAGUCUGAUAGGAGUUUUACUAUCUGUUACAUUUGAAGACAUUUGAUUCAUAAAAUGUCUUAAUCUUCUUCAGUUUCUUUCUUGCAUCGAAGAAGAGAGUUACUCUGAAAUGUAGUUCAAAAUUGAAAACCGAUAGGGUUGGAGAGUGAACAUUAACUGUCCUAGAUUUUAUGUGUCAUAUUUCUGUCAACUUUGCAGUUUUGUGAAAUUGUAUUUCAGUUUCAUCAUAAUGUUUUGGGUAAAUAAUACCAGUUAUACCAGGCACUUCAGUCCCAGUCCUGCACAACUUACGUCUUUUCCAGUUCCUCCACACCUGAUUCAGCUCAAGAAAUGGGUGGUUAAAUGAGGGGAAACUCAAAAAUGUGCCGGGCUGUCCGGGGCAGGAGCUGGAGACUCCUGAGUUGUAGGAACUCACAGGGUAUAUUUAUUUUGUGUGUGUGAACUGUUAAAAAUGAAAUCCUAGACAAGAGAGUCAGAUUGUACGUCCACCCAUCUUCCAGGAGAGGGUGCUGGAGAGCCGGGAGUUUUCCCGGGAAGUUCAAAGCACAAGACCGAUAAAUAUACCCUGGACGCGAUGCCAGAUCGUAUUAGCUUCAGAUCGUAAUCUUUCCAAACUAAAUGUUGCAUAUCGUGAUUUAUGGCUGUAGCUCUGAGGCCUUAUAAUGAAAGGGUGCCUAAACUGAGCUUUAAAGACAAAAAUUAUACGAGUAAUGUAACCACCUUACAGAUGUUUACAGCGGAACAUUAGACAGCGUAGAGUUACAAGUCUGGGGGUGAGUAGAGGUUUAGGCACGUUAGUACUGAAAUGACUUCCUGCCGCUUCAAACUUGAUAACGCAAUGGACAGGAAUACAUUUCGAAACAUUUUUUAAAAGCUUGAUGUUGUAAAAAAUAUAUACAUAAUAAAUAUAUGAUCGUCUGGUCAGCUAUCAAUUUGCAAGACUGAUAUGCAAUUUAGCAGUAAAACCUUUAGGGUGACAAGUAUCAAGAAGUAUUGUAUAUAAAUAAGGAAAGACGAGGAGAGCUAAAACAGCAGGUUUUACGUUUUAACAGCCACUGAUGGAGAAUUUAACCAAACAUAAACUAAUACAAUUUGCGCAAACUAAGCUUUAAUGAGAAUAUACUGUAGUUAUUGCUGAUUUAGUAAUUUACCUGAGCGUUAAGUCUAAAUAAUCUAUCCUGCAUUUCAACUAAUUAAUAUGCAGAUUAGUCGUGUUCUUUUGAAUAUGAAAACUGUAAUUUUUCAAUGAUAAUAUUUCAUUAAAUAUAUUUUAAUUAUGUGUUCUCUGGAUUACAGUACUUCACAUAUCUUAUAUACAAAAUUUUAAAUGUUUAUGAAGCGAAUGCCGUGAUUUUAGGCUUUAAUUUUAGGAGCCUUGUAGCAGCUAUGAUUUCCUGACAUCAAUAUAGCAUCUUUGAUUAUUUGGAUGUUUUAAGGAUCAAAUUUGAUUUAAAAAGUUGCAAAUCUAAUGCGAAGUACUGGAAAUUAAAGUAGAUAUUUUAAAUAAAUCCUCUAAAGUAGCAAAAGUAUAAACGCCUGUUAUUGUAUAUAAAGAAUAUUAUACCAUUCGAUUGAAAAUUAGGAAAACAAACAUCGAUAGGAUUUAUGAUUUCUGUCCUUCGUAAUGUUGUGUUUAUUUCUUGGUUUCUACAUUUAUUAAUUGUAACUAAUUGUAACUAUUUUACUUUUCAUAAUAAAUGUAUAAAUAAC